AUGGCAUUGAAGAAUGGGUUGGUGAAGAUGGCACUUUGGGACUCAAAGAUCCUAAGAUUGUUGAGAGCGAUGUACAAGUUCAAAUCGAAACUCAAGUUUCUUUGCCUGGAACAGAAUGCCAAAGAUAAAUAUGUGAAAACUAUUGUCAGUGACGAUGCCCCGCUGGUGACACCUGCGCUAAACGAGGAACUCCGAGUACGGAAUGAGGGGAAGAAGGCUGCGCUACGUGAGCACAAAGCGAAGCUAGCAGAAAGAAGGGACGACCUUCGAGCACUUUCUGGAUUCGUUGAAGAAGGCAUGUACCGUAGAUUACAAGAAAGUGCAAGCCCUCACUCUCCAAGCAUCCACGCUCUCACAAAAGAUACCCGAUGCACGUCUAUCACUUAUUCGCUUCAACUUGAUGGCCAGGUAGAAGAGAUGCAAGCACUAGACGCGGAACUUGCAGAUGCACACGAGAAGAUUGCUACUCUGAGGAGUGUUAGAGCAGAGGUGGAAAAGGCUGCGGAAAUCAGCGCUGAUGAAAGAGUGGAAGACGGAAGAGUGACUGAAUUGUAUGAUUGGUUCUCAACCACGACCUUAACAUAUCAUGCGCUCGUUUCACUUCUCUCUGCGCACAGUGAGUCUAACAACGAGCUGCGCCUCACCUACCGCGUGCAUGAGCGUGAGGUGUGUAUAACACUGCUAUUCAUACCUAAUACGCGCCGCUUGGCUGAGGCACGGGCGGAGGGCGUCGAGGAACACGUAAUCGGAGACGUAGUGGAUGCACACGUCAUGGAAACUAUGUAUCUGGGCUUGUAUGGGCUAUAA